AUGCAGAUUUUCGUCAAGACCCUCACGGGCAAGACGAUCACCCUCGAGGUGGAGUCGUCCGACACCAUCGACAACGUCAAGGCCAAGAUCCAGGACAAGGAGGGCAUCCCCCCGGACCAGCAGCGCCUGAUCUUUGCCGGCAAGCAGCUUGAGGAUGGCCGCACCCUGAGCGACUACAACAUCCAGAAGGAGUCCACCCUUCACCUCGUCCUCCGUCUCCGUGGCGGGAUCAUCGAGCCGUCGCUCAAGGUGCUUGCGUCCAAGUACAACUGCGACAAGCAGAUCUGCCGCAAGUGCUACGCCCGCCUCCCUCCCCGCGCCACCAACUGCCGCAAGCGGUCAUGUGGCCACAGCUCCCAGCUCCGCCCGAAGAAGAAGUUGAAGUAG